ACCAAUAAACCCAAUCGAUCGACACGAAUCGAUUGAAUUUAACAAGAAAAGACAUGGGCUCCAUAAAAAGAUUUUUCAUAAAAUCGUCCUUGGCACGGUUACUCGCUUAAAAUGUAUCGUAUUCUUUUUUUAUCUUACAUCGGUGAAAGCACAAUUGGCAGAGAAGGCAUUGCAAGCUGCAAGAGCUGCUGAGGCAGCAUUGUCGGGGAAAGAAGCAAUGGUUCAGCAAUUAGAAGAAGAAGUGAGGGAAUCUCAAACAGUCGUUCAAGAAGAAAUGGAGUCUCUACAGCAAGCGAAAUCUAACAUUAACGCUGCCAUCGAAGCUGCCAAAGAGUCACAAGAUCAGGUGAAAAAUCAGCUGGCAGGUAAAGCGAUACAAGCAGCAAAAGCAGCGGAGGCAGCACUUGCUGCGAAGCAAGCAAUGGUAGAGCAACUCGAACAAGAGACAAAGGAGGCAGAGACUGUAGUCCAGGAAGAAAGUUCAUCACUCCAACGUACUCAAGAAAACGCGAAUUCUGCUAUGCAAGCGGCACGACAGGCUCAAGAACAGAUCAAAACGUUAUCACAAGCGAUACAAAUAGCAAAUAUAAACAUGGGAAGUGCACGAACAACUGCUGAAGGUGCAAAGAGGGAUUUUGAAGAAAAGCAAGAGCUUUUAGAGGCAUCGAAACGAAGAGUGGAAGAACUAGUGAAGCGUUUGGAAUUAGCCAAGGUUGAACUUGCGGAGACGAAGCAAGCUGCUGAUAAAGCCACCGAGGCAGCACGUCAGGCUAAGAUUAAUACGGAUAGAAACAGACGUGGAAAGAACUUUUUUCAAGAUAUUUAAGAACUUUAAUUAAGAUUAAUCUUAAUGAUGAUAAUCUUAAUGAUGACUCUUCCUAAUUAAUCUUUUCCUUCUCAUUAUGUAUGAACUAUUCACAUCGUGAUACAUUUAGAAAGUGUGUUCCUUUUUUAUAUUUUGUAAAUAGAUAAGUGUAACUUUAUCUUGCUUAAUUUUUUAUAUGUUUAACAGGAAAUAUAAUGUUUAUCUAAUCUUACAGAUA